GUCUGGUGAAACAAGCAGCAGAUCUCGUUACCGUUAGUCUUUCGAAAGUGAUCAUAAAAGUGCGUACAAAUUACAAUGCGAAUUCAUACCUAAAAUAAGGGGCUUAAUCUUUGGUGGUUUCGGAAAGUCAAGUAGGUGUCCUACGAAGAGAGGGAGAGAGAAAUCAUUAAACAGCAUCAGGGCAACCAAAGCUUAAAGGUGCUGUAAGUACGUAAUGUGAACCAGUCACUGUUGUGAAAAUACGUCAGGAAAAUGAAGCCAAACUUUCGUUGGAAGGAGCCCAGAGGACAAGGCAAGACAUCAUUCAGAGCUGGACAUCAGGACAGUGUUAACUCAAUGAAAAAGGUCAAAGCAUGUGAAAAAACGGGCCUGGGGCCAGUCUCCACAGUGGACUCAGGAGAAGAACUUGUAAAGAAUGAAGUCCUAUCUGAAAAUGGCGAGACAAACAAUUUGAAAUGUUUUGUGAGUGACUCUACUUUGUCGAAAAUAAGAACUAGAAGAAACAGAUUUCUUGCUAGAUUUAGAGUUUGUUGGAAGCCUGAGUGGCAUAUUAGUCUUGGUUUAAUGUUGCUAGUCUUUAUUUUAAGUAAAUCCACUACUGUAGCUUUUGGAGGAAGUAGUGAUUUUGCCCAGAACAUAAAUGAUGAUGGGGAUCCGUUUGAGUCCAUUACUUAUGAUGAUGGAGAUGCUGUACAGUUUGUAGGGAGAAGGCUAAGCAGUAUAAUGGAUAUGGAUGUUGCAACUGCAACAGAGCCAAAUUUAGACAGUGUAUCAGGAAGCCAAGAGGAAACUGUGGAAAAAUCUUCUGAGGUGCCUCCUUGUGCUACAAAUGAAAAGAGGCAGAGGGUGAAGAUCCAGUAUACCUCAAGCAUUGUUGAAAAUGAAUAUAUCGUGGCCUUUAAAGGAUACUACAGACAGGAGGCUCGGGAAAGAUUUAUCCAAGCAGCUUUAAAUGAAUCGAACGUUGUCCGAUGGGAGCUUGUUCCUCGUAAUAACCCAGCAAGUGACUAUCCUAGUGAUUUUGAUGUGGUUCAGAUACAAGAACAUCAUAAAAAUGGAGGCUUAGAUUCCUUAAAAGAUCACCCUGCUGUGAAGAGAGUGACAGCGCAGCGAAUGGUCAUUCGUCAUUUGCAUUUUAUAAAUGACACGGAAGACUCUGAUGAAGAAAUAUGGGAUAACGUCGUUUUUGCCAAUAUUACUCAGUCUGGUGAGGAAAUGCUCCUUUUCAACUUAACUAAGUCAGAUUUAAGGAAGGAUCAUUUAGAAAAUGGAACCCAUAGUGAUGAUGACGACGACACAGAAGAAAUUGAAGUAGAUUACGAUGGAGACUCUGAUGUUGAAUACAAUGACGUCGACAACAACAUAGAAAAGGAAAGCUCACUUUGUGAAGGUGAUGAUUGCAAACAUGAUGAUGUUGAUGUAACGUGGACAGCAUCAAGGCCACUGCGACGGUCAUCCUUAACACUGGGUACUGCUUUUUGGCAAACUACUGGGAGACAUUCUAGUCGAAGACUCCUGCGAACUAUUCCCAGGCAGAUAACAUCAACUUUACAGGCAGAUGUUCUUUGGAGUCUGGGAAUCACAGGCGCUGGUGUAAGGGUUGCUGUAUUUGACACUGGACUCUCCAAAAGUCACCCUCACUUCAAGCGUAUUAAAGAACGUACAAAUUGGACCAAUGAGAAGACACUGGAUGAUGGACUUGGUCAUGGAACUUUCGUAGCUGGUGUAAUUGCCUCCAGUGGCAAGACUUGUUUAGGAUUCGCCCCUGAUGCUGAGCUUCACAUAUAUCGUGUCUUCACUAACAAUCAGGUAUCCUACACAUCAUGGUUCCUAGAUGCUUUUAAUUAUGCAAUAUUAAAGAAAGUUGAUGUGCUUAACUUAAGUAUUGGAGGACCAGACUUCAUGGAUCAUCCAUUUGUGGAUAAAGUAUGGGAAUUGACAGCAAAUCGGGUCAUCAUGGUUUCAGCGAUUGGCAAUGAUGGACCUCUAUAUGGAACACUGAAUAAUCCUGCAGAUCAGAUGGAUGUCAUUGGUGUUGGUGGAAUAAAUUUUGAAGACCAGAUUGCUCGGUUUUCAUCUCGUGGAAUGACAACUUGGGAGUUGCCUCAAGGGUAUGGACGUGUUAAGCCAGACAUUGUCACAUACGGAUCUUUAGUCCAAGGUUCAAGUAUGGAGGGGAAAUGUCGUCAACUCUCAGGGACAUCAGUUGCUUCUCCAGUUGUGGCUGGAGCAGUUACCCUGCUUGCCAGUGGUGUCCUUCACCGUGGAGGUAUUAUCAAUCCAGCCAGUAUGAAGCAAGCGCUGAUGGCAUCAGCACGUAGACUUCCAGGUGUUAAUAUGUUUGAACAAGGCCAUGGAAAACUUGACCUUGUUAAAGCCUAUCAAGUUCUCUCCAAGUAUAAGCCCCAGGCAUCUCUCAGCCCAACAUACAUCGACUUGACAGAAUGCCAGUAUAUGUGGCCCUAUUGUACUCAGCCAUUGUACUAUGGUGCUAUGCCAACUAUAGUGAAUGUGACAAUCUUGAAUGGUAUGGGGGUGUCAGGUAGAAUUGUGGAAAAACCUAUCUGGCAUCCAUAUACUCCUCAGUAUGGACAUCAUCUCAACAUUGCUUUCACUUAUUCAGAGGUACUUUGGCCAUGGUCAGGGCAUCUUGCUGUUUGGAUCACUGUUGCUGAAAGUGGAAAAGAUUGGGAAGGGUUUGCUAGAGGUCACAUAUCUGUUACUAUAGAGUCACCCCCUGAAGAAGGAGAGACCCAACCUAGAACGUCUCACGUCAAACUCCCUGUGAAGGCAAAGAUGAUCCCAACGCCUCCAAGAAACAAACGAGUUUUAUGGGAUCAGUUUCACAAUCUCCGUUACCCACCAGGCUACUUCCCAAGGGAUAAUCUGCGUAUGACUAAUGACCCAUUGGAUUGGAAUGCUGACCAUAUUCACACAAACUUUAAAGAUAUGUACCAACAUCUUCGUAACAGUGGCUAUUAUGUUGAAGUUCUUGGUUCACCAUUUACUUGUUUUGAUGCCUCAAAGUAUGGAACACUUAUGGUUGUUGAUCCUGAAGAAGAAUAUUUUCCAGAGGAAGUAACAAAGUUACGUCAAGAUGUUGAGAAAGGACUCUCUGUGAUUGUGUUUGCUGACUGGUACAAUGUCAGCAUCAUGAGAAAAGUAAAGUUCUUUGAUGAGAAUACAAAACAGCUUUGGAUGCCAGUCACAGGAGGGAGCAACAUUCCAGCACUGAACUAUUUACUAGCUUCUUGGGGUGUUGCCCUUGGUGAUGGAGUGUAUGAGGGAGACUUUAACUUGGGUGACCAUGAUAUGUACUAUGCUACAGGGACAUCACUUGCCCAGUUUCCUGCAGAAGGCACUGUAGUGCGUAAAACUUUAAAUGACCAGGGAAAGGAGAUGCUAGAAGCUGAAACAGAAAGUGUACCAGAUGUGCCCAUCUUGGGAUUGCUGCAGACAAAAGGAAAUGGUGAAGACUCUAAUGAUAUCAGUUUUCAACAGUCUGGACGUUUAGUAGUUUAUGGGGAUUCAAAUUGUCUAGAUAACAGUCACCUUCAGAAAGAUUGCUUUUGGAUGUUGGAUGCUUUACUGGAAUUCACAAUGACGGGACACUUACCAGGGGUGUUUUCAUCUAGUGCAGGUGCUCCUGUUCCUCCUACAACAGAUCUUCCAACAAAAAUGGAGAACAGUAAUUUGCAUAAGCACUCUAAGGUGGUUGAGCAUACACUGGGCAUGGAGCAGAUGAGGCCGUUACCUGAGUGCCCCGUGCUGAAACCAGUUAUGCCACAGCCCUUAAAUGUCUCAAAUAAAAACUUAAAUAUACAUGUGGGACUGAAGCUGCUGUCUCAGCCAGAGCAUAUGGCUGGAGUGGUGAAGGUAGCACCUGUGGAUGUUCAACCCUUGCCACUGGAUGGUCACUCAAAUAGUCGUGGGGAAGAUCCAGCUGAUUCGGGAGGUGCUUUGGAAUCGCUUUCUUAUAGCUCUGAAAGAAUGCCUGCUUUUGCAGUCCUCUCCAUAACUCUAGUUAUACUUUUGGUGUGCUAUUGGUAUCGUUCACGUCAUCGCCCCAAACGUCGACGUAAUAAGCUCCGUAAGGUGGUCAUGGCUGCUAUCAAUGGCAGGCUUCCAUCCGUCUAAAUGUCUCGUGGCUUUAGAGGCACACAUGAUAAAAGUUUUUGUUAAUAAGAUUUCUAGUAAAUUUAAGAUGGAUUUUGUGAAAUUUCUAUUUAUAUUUUCCAUCUUAUAUCAAUGCAAAACUAUCACAAAUUAUUUCAUAUAAAGAGAGUAACUUACUUCAAUACUGGUAUUUAUGAGGAAUGUGUUUAAGUAUCCAUACUGUAUUUGUUUUGACAUUAGCUCUUGAUUGUGAUUUCUUAUAUUGUGACCGUAUAUAUACCUCAUCAUUGCUAUGUCGAUGUUUUGUAACACAAAGCUAUUAUUUUUAGUCUUGUAUUGAUGUCCAUGUAAUUCAUCUAUUAUUUUAAUGUUCAGUUCUUUAGGUACCAUUUUACAGGUGUAGUUUGCAGUAUGCUGAAACCAAGCUUAGUUUGGGAUAGUUCGUAUCACACACUUAACAGUCUGCUCCGUAACCGAGUGACUUAUGUAUGUAGUUUCAGUCAUGUAAGAGCUCAGUAAUACACUUUGGUACUUUCACACCAUAUAUAGUAAUAACAUCACUUGGAAACUGUGCCGAAUGUUUUUAACUGGUACGAUAAAGUUUGUUUAUGCUGUUAUCUAUUACAGUAUCCGGAACAUACCGUAGUUAUGAAUUGGAGAAUGUUUUUUUAACUCUCUCUCUCUCUCUCUCUCUCUCUCUCUCUCUCUCUCUCUCUCUCUCUCUCCUCUCUCUCUCUCUCAUUGUGUGUUUUUUAUACAGCUAUUAGUUCCUUAAUUAUUUCUUCUUAGGAUUAUUCUUGUACAUCAUAUAUCUCUUAAUUGUGCCCUUUUAGAUUUUUAUCCUCGACAUUAAUAAAGCUUAGUGUGAAAAUACAUGAGUUGUAAGUUAGUGCUCUGAACUUCUAUUGAUGUGAAUGCUUAUACUUGAUCCUGUAUCAUAGUUUGCAAAUGGUUAUUUUUUUUAAUCUCCUCUUGUAAAAAAAAAAAAAAAGUACAACACUUGUAGUGUCAGUAGAAGCACUGUCAAGUAUAAUUUAGUAUGUAAUAAGUUUUUAUGUUUUUAUUAGAAUGUUUGAUUUGGUAUUUCAUGUUACAGUGAUUGUGUUUUUUCUCAUUUUUGUAGGGAACAAUAGAAUAGGAACUUUAAGAUGUCAUUCUAUGGGUCGUUAAAACUCUUUUUAUGUGUUAUUUGUAUUUUUCAUAGCACAUGGAAAGAUAUAUGUCAUAAGUUUCACAUCUUGUGUACAUAGAUUUUUAUAAUGUAGUAAUAGGGAAUGAGAGGAUUAAUGCAUAUUUUUCCCUUAGCAAUAUUGUAUUAAUUGAAGAAUUCGUUGUAGCAUUAUGCUUCAGAUUCAGGUACAUCCUGUUGGAGAUUUGAAGCUGUAUUCUGCAAAUACUUAGUCUUUCAUAAACAUGUAUGUGAUAUUGACUUUUGGAAUAUGUGGAGAUGUGCAAAGUGGAAUGAGAGAGAGGUAGGCACUCUAGUUGCUCCUUUAUAAUGUUGAAUCAUCUUUUUGUGAUAAAAGGGAUGUUCUCUAGAUAUUUAUCGUUAGCUCAAAUCUUAUAGCUCUAGGAUUUGGAGUAAGGCUUGCUUAAUCAUUAUCCCUAUACAGGGUAGGGUUUUAUUUAUGCUGUUUUAUGUAAAGUUUGCCCAUACAUUUGAAAUGAACUAUGUCUGCAUAGAUCUAGUUCAUUUGCAUUUACUUCCUUGUAACUGACUGUUUUGAACAAUUUCUAAUCAGCAUAUUAAAUACUUGUUGUUUCUGUGGGAAGUAUAUUUCAGAGAUAUUUCAGUUUUUGUAAUCAUAUUUUUUAGUUUAUAAUUUUAUAAUUUAUUUUGUAUAGAUAUGCUAGGUCGUCUCAUUACUUUGAGUAAGAAAAUUUACUUCUCUUUGGGUUACUUUUAAGUUCACUAUAACCAAAGAAGUUGUUUAUACCUACAAGUAUAUAUGAUUGUUUAUAUGUUAUGGGAUUUUGUAGAAUAAAGUGCAGCUUUAUCAUUA